UAUUGUAAGGAGAAGAUAACUUUAUAUCAUUUUUAUAUCAUAUCUUAACAUAUAUGAGUGUCAUUGUUGUGUCUCAAGAUGCACACCAGUAUUGUUUUUGUAAGCUUUGUUUGUAAAAACUACAAAUGUCCUAAUUUAACUAAAUUCUAGUCCUGGAUUCAUCUAAACCCUGUCCGGGAAACUGACCCACACUGUACUAUUUCCUGUAAAGAAAUGCGAAAUGUUUAGUAUAAACAUUUAAACAAACAGAAAUGAAUGAUAUUUUUCCAAGGAAGAAAUCUUUAACCAGAAACUCCACCUCCUUUAAAGCUCUUAAAAAUAGCUUCCUUUAAAACUAACAUCAUGACAUUCUGAGUGCACGAUAAUACAGAGGACACUAUAUUUUUACUUAAGAAACCAUUCACCAAAAUGUGCAGCAAAAAUGCAGCCAAUGUGGAGGAAAUGCACACAGGUUUCCUGUACAAGUCCCCUCCUGCUGUUCUCAGAAAAAACAGGAUAUCAUGGAAGCGUCGCCUUUUUGUGCUUGUCAAGACAAGCGACAGCAACUUUGAGCUAAGAUAUUACAGAAAUAAUAAGAAAAAAACACUUAUAAAAUCUAUAGAUGUUUCCAGCAUUACAGAACUUGAUUGCCCUAAAAAUGAUCCUUUUAUUGAAUGGAUCUGUAAAGCCUUCAAGUGUACACCAUCCUCUGUGCUGUUCAUGAAGGCAGAAAAUCCUAAAAACAAGGUUCAAAGAGAGUAUUUCUUCAUAGGAGAAACCAGUUUAGAGGCAGAUGGAUGGUUCAAUGCCUUACUCCAGGUGCGGAAGACACAGCAGAAGACAUAGAGACAUAUCUGAGAGGAUUAACGGGCAUGAGGUUAAACUGACCAUUCUACGACACCCAAAUUCUAACCCUUUGCACUCUGAAGAAACCGAGGACAUGGUUUAAAUGGCUGAUCUUAUCUCGGGGUACACAUCUGCUCUGCCAUAAUCAUUUUUUUAUGAAAAUGUUUAUCUGCUAUGUAUUAGAUACAUUUUAAGUGGGUGUCUUGUGAGGUCCUUGUAUGUGAUGGGCAAUCUUUGUUUUUCUUUGUUAAAUGGACAUCCUUGUCUAUGUGCUCUUAAAUCACAAGAAUACUAUAACAAUUUGGAUAGAAAAAUACUACGGAUUACUUAACAAUAAAUAAAUGCUGGAAUAGCAUUACAGAAAUACUGAACUAAAUACAGUACCACUGUAGACAUUAAUAGUGAUUGUGAGAAAGUUUUGUGAGCCAUUGCACUAGUUCACCCACAUGGUGGCGCUUUAAUCUUAUUGCAGUUUGUUUUGUUUUUUUAAGCAUAGUAAAUUCUUACCAGUGAUUCUACAAUUACAUGUCUUAUCAUGAUUUCUAUUUUUGGGAGGGUGUAGGAUAUUCGGUUUAAUAUGUUUUUUAUAAACUGACUUUUUGCAUACUACUGAUUUUGAUACAAAAUGUGCCUUGUUGAAUUAAUAAACAACACUUAGUAACAAAAUUAUUCUUUGUCUAAGAGGAAUAAUAUUAAAAAUGGGUCAAAACAGCCUGGGAUAAACGUGUCAUCUUUCAUAAU